UGGUGGUGGUUGUGGUGGUGGUGGUCGUGAUGAUGAAUGAAUGGCAUGUACGUAACGAUGUAACAUAAAAUUGUUCGACUCGGAUGAUUAUUAUGAUAGUUAACUUGUUCAACGAAAAAGAGAAAGAAAAGGAAAAAGAUAGUAGAUAAAAGUUUUGAUGAAGGAAACCAAAAAUUGUCAUUCGCAAGAAAAAUCAUUUACGAGUUAUCUCUCUUUCUUUUUUUAUUUCUCUUUUUCUUUCUCUUUUUCUGUCAAAUUUGAUCUCUUUCUUUUUCUCUCACACAUACACACACACACACACACAUUCUUUCAAUCAUUCUCGUGACAUCAUAUUUAUCAUAUUCGUCGUGACGUGUGCGUAUCCGUGUGUUGUAUCCCGUCGAGAUACAUAAGAGAUGAUCAUUCUUCUCCGUGUUUUUCGAUGUUUCAUUCGAUACUCGAUCGGUGAUCGAUCUUUGGAUAAUCAAAAUGCAUGCUGGAAUGAGAAGUGCCUUUUUGGAUUUAACAAUAUUUCCACGAAGACAACGUAAAUCAUCCGAGCAUAAGAACAGCUCCGUUCUGUCAUCGCAUGCCAAAACUAGAGGACUUAACGCUCCGGAUUGUCUUCUCUGCGAAAAAGCGACAAAGCGGCCGCCUCCAUGCAACAUGCAGAUGAUCCUGGUUGCUGGCGGAUCGCUGCCGAAACUCAGCAGCCAGGACGAGGAUGGGCCGAACCCUCACACCCAAUACACAGGCGUCACGCACUUCGAGCCCAUACCGCACGAUCAUGACUUUUGUGAGAGGGUCGUCAUCAACGUGAGUGGAUUACGGUUUGAGACACAACUGCGCACGCUAAACCAGUUUCCGGACACGCUGCUUGGCGAUCCGGCAAGGCGGCUUCGAUAUUUCGAUCCGCUUCGCAACGAAUACUUCUUCGACCGGAAUCGGCCUUCCUUCGAUGCGAUACUUUAUUAUUAUCAAAGCGGUGGUCGCCUUCGCCGACCAGUCAACGUUCCCCUCGAUGUUUUCUCCGAGGAGAUCAAAUUUUACGAACUGGGCGAACUUGCCACCAAUAAGUUCAGGGAGGACGAGGGCUUCAUCAAAGAGGAGGAGAAGCCGCUGCCGUCGCACGAGUUCCAGAAGAAGGUCUGGUUGCUGUUCGAGUACCCGGAGAGCUCUCAGGGAGCCCGGGUGGUCGCCAUAAUCUCCGUGUUCGUGAUUCUCCUCUCGAUCGUAAUCUUCUGCCUAGAGACCCUGCCAGAGUUUAAGCAUUAUAGGGUCUUUAACACGACGACGAACGGCACGAAGAUCGAGGAGGACGAAGUGCCGGACAUAACGGACCCGUUCUUCCUAAUAGAGACUAUUUGUAUCAUCUGGUUCACGUUCGAGUUAUCGGUGCGCUUCCUCGCCUGUCCAAAUAAAUUUAACUUCUUCCGUGACGUAAUGAACAUCAUCGACAUCAUCGCGAUCAUUCCUUAUUUCAUCACCCUCGCCACGGUAGUGACCGAGGAAGAGGACACGCUUAAUCUACCAAAGGCACCGGUUAGCCCUCAGGACAAGAGCACGAAUCAAGCGAUGUCUCUGGCGAUUCUAAGAGUCAUCAGGCUCGUCAGGGUGUUCCGGAUAUUCAAGCUGUCCAGGCACAGUAAAGGCCUCCAGAUACUUGGCCGUACUCUGAAGGCCUCUAUGAGGGAGCUCGGUCUGCUCAUCUUUUUCCUUUUUAUCGGUGUGGUGCUCUUCUCGUCGGCGGUGUACUUUGCGGAGGUGGGCAAGCACAACAGCCAGUUCAAAUCGAUACCGGACGCGUUCUGGUGGGCGGUGGUCACGAUGACGACCGUGGGCUACGGGGACAUGAGGCCCGUGGGAGUCUGGGGGAAAAUCGUGGGUUCCCUUUGUGCGAUCGCGGGUGUCUUGACGAUCGCGUUACCCGUCCCCGUCAUCGUCUCCAACUUCAACUACUUCUAUCACCGUGAGACUGACCAGGAAGAGAUGCAGUCACAGAACUUCAAUCACGUGACUAGCUGUCCAUAUCUCCCUGGCACGCUAGGUCAGCACAUGAAGAAGAGCUCGAUGUCGGAGUCGUCGUCGGAUAUAAUGGAGCUGGAAGAAGGCAUUCUGCUGACGCAUCCAGAAAUUACGAAGAAGCCCAACUGCAACCCUCGCCACAAUAAUAAUAUUAAUCCAGCCUGCAUGAGCAUCGAGACUGACGUCUGACUACUAGUGAAGGAGACGGUGGCAGCGUGGUGGCCGGUGUUGGGACAGUUGUCAAAGGGCAGCUGUAACUCCCUACGGUGCCUAACGUAGACCUCCUUCAUAUACAUACACACACACAAAAAAAAAAAAAACAAAAACAAAACAAAAAUCCGUCGUGCCGCGCGCAUGCGCGCAGGCGAACACGCGAGACGUGUUGCGCAGCGCGCAUGGCGCGCUCGAUGUUCGAUCGUGCGCACGCGCGUACGGUCUAUGUCCAGUCUGUCAAUACGAGGGGUGCUUCCAGUCCAAUUGCCAUUGAAAAGAGAAACGAAAGAAGAAAAAGAAAAAUAUAAAGUAAGGUAUAGGAGAAAGACUAGAGGCGAAUGAAGGGAAGAGACGGUACGAGACGAGACGAGAUCAGACAAACGAAAAGAGAGGAGGAGGAGAUACGAGAAGAGAAGCAAAGAGGAACGACAAGACCAGACGAGAAAAGGAGAGGAGUGGAGUGGAGUGGAGUGGAGUGGAGAAAGGAUCUACGAAUCGUUUGACGACCAAUCGGUACGACAGCGAGCUGACUUCUUCUUCCGUGCGAAGGGAAGUGUGGAAGACGACGACGUGUUCAGGGUAAGAAGAGGAGGACGCUGAGAUAGUGUGCAUCAUCGUCUGAGAAUUUAGGAAGAAAAAUAGUACGGAGGGAAGAGGGGAGGAAAUAUUGCGAGGUGAAAUAGAAAGAAAGGAGAUAGACGGAUAAGAUAAAUAGGCCAGAAUAGAUAAGGAUAGAGAGAUAGAGAGAGGAAGAGAGAAAGAGAGAGAGAGAGAGAGAGAGAGAGAAAGAGAAAGAAAGAGUUGUCUGUCUGUGUAUGAAUGUAUGAAUGCAUGCGUGAGAGAAAGAGAGAGAGAGAGAGAGAGAGAGGGUGGGAGAGAAAGAAAAAGACAGCCGCUUAAAAAGUGUCACGUAACUCGUCAUCAGGCACUUCGGACGAAAGCAUUCCUCGCGCGUGAAUCCACCCCUCACACCACCGACUCCAGUGUUCAAGAUAAAAAAAAAAAAAAGAAAAAAGAGAAAAAAAAGGAAAGAAAGAUAGAAAAGAAUUAUAACGAGGAAGAAAAAAGAUAUAGAUAAGAGAACGAAAGGUGAACGAAAAAGGACUGUUAGAACACAAAAUUUUCUUGCCUGCCUAUCCUUUUUCCCCCUUCGAGCAUCUCCACCAGAAUAGCGUCCGAUGAUAUAUGGGGAGAGGCACGGAGAGGGUAAGAGGACGGCUACGGACCAUCGGGAAUUAUAUCGAAUAAAUGCUAAUUGAUUAUUGUCGAAUAUAAUAAUUAAUUGGCCAAUUUGACGCAUGACCGAGGUACGUUAAAAUACGUUUUAUCGAUUAAGUAAGGGUGGACUGGUUAAACGGAGAUUCGAGUGCGGCUGCGGAAAGAGUGGACGUGAAAGGGAGAAAGAAAGUUUGAGUGAAUGAAAGAAAAAGAUAAAAAGAAAAAAGGUAAGAAAGAGAGGGAAGUGAGAGAAAGAGAGAGAGAGAGAGAGAGAAUUGAUCGUGGAUUUGGCAAGAAAAAAAAGAAAAAGAGGAAAAAAAAACGGGCAAAAUAAUUCUAGGGGCAGUGUGUCUAGCGGUGGAAAAACCGUUCUACUCGUUUCUCCAUAUUUUUUACUGAGAGUGACAAAUUCGAAGUACAAGUUCUUCGGUUAUAUCGAUUCAAUUAAUCGCGAUAAAAUGUUUCGAAUGUUAAAUUUCGUUUCUUCGACGGCGAUACUGCAUACUAUCGUACAUGCAUAAUAGAUUAACAUAAAACAUAGUAAACGAUCGCAGGCGUCGAAACGAUAUGGAAUUCACGUUUACGAAUGUGACGCGUGAAACGCAACGUGAUACGAAAUGUUAAAAAAAAAAAUCCUAUUGCAACGCAUUACAGAGUCCGAUCGGUGAUAUUAUUUGAUACGUGGGUAUCACAGAUUGAACGUCGUUCGAUUAACUUUUAGACAAGUAAAUGGAACAAGACCGUGUAUUGAGAUUAUCUCGAAUGUAUGUACUUUUGGUAUACCAAUAUCGACGAAUCAAUAAAUUUCCAAAUUUCCGAUUGAUGCGUCUAGCAUAAUCGUUAAGACGGUUGCUUCGUCGUAAGGAAAACAAAGAAAAAAAGGAAAAAAAAAAAAAGAAAUACAGAAAAAGAAAAAAAGAAACCAAAACAAAAGUGAUAACGAAAUUACGAAACAAAGAACAUACGAACGAACAAAGGAAAUAAAAGAAGUAGCAAGGGAACGAUAUAAAAACAAAAAAAGAAAAAAGAAGAGAGUGAGAGUGAGAAAAAAGAAACAAAAAAACAGGAUAUUACUCUUGUUCGUGCGUGAGUCCCUAAUCGUUCGAUAUUUAUGCUAAAUCGAUAUUUAGAUAACUAAGCGAUGGGAGAUCCACGGCAAAACUAUUUCGAUGAACCGAAAAAAAGCGAGCAAGAAUAAUGAUGGGAGGGAGGGGAAUGAAGGAACCCCACGGAAAAAAAAAGAAGAAAAAAGAAAUAAAACGAUGCAAAGAAACGACAUUAUCUUCGACGUUUCGCUAUACUUUUUACGGCUCAAAAAAGGAAGUAACGUCGUGGAAUCGCGAUGACUGCCAUUUUACGAUUAUCUCGCGUAGAUCGUCCGAAUUCAGCCAAUCUCCGAUUACAGAUUACGAUGAUAACUAGUAAUCCUAUUUUAAAUCCGGAUCCGCAUUUGCAACUCGUAUACCCUCGCGAGCUCUAUUUGCCUUCAUAAGAAAAAA